GAUAAAAGGUGUUUUCGCUCCUUCAUCUUUGUUCAUCUUAUCUGCGUUAGCCCACGGCCCAGUCCAAGUUGUUAAACCGGGCUAUUGUGAGAGAUUUAGCUGUUAAACCGGGAUAUUGAGGAUUUUUAUUUAGCUCUAAACUUAAACCGAACAGAUUUGUCACGAAGAAGGUAAUCAAUCAGUAGCAGCAACACCAAACCCUGGCAAAGAUAGAAGAGAAGCUAUCUAUGUCUGAGUUGCAAAUGGAGGUAGAGGUAGAGACUAAUUCUUCUUUACAAGAGUCUAUUCCAAAGCCUACCCCGAAGCCACAAGUCAUGUACAGAUGUAAGAAAUGUAGAAGGAUAGUCGCUAUUGAGGAAAACAUAGUACCGCAUGAACCGGGGAAGGGUGAAGAAUGCUUUGCUUGGAAAAAGAGAAGCGGAAACUCUGAACAAGUGCAAUGCUCUUCGAUCUUUGUCGAGCCUAUGAAAUGGAUGCAGACAAUACAUGAUGGAUUAGUGGAAGAGAAGCUUCUUUGUUUUGGAUGUAACGGGCGGUUAGGUUAUUUCAACUGGGCUGGGAUGCAAUGUAGCUGCGGCGCAUGGGUGAAUCCGGCUUUCCAGCUUAAUAAAAGCCGAAUAGACGAGUGUAAAUCCGAGCCAAACUCGAACCUGAAUAUGGAAACUGGAUGAAAAAAGGAGAAGAUGUAAACUCUUGGAUAACUAAAGAUUGAUAAUAAGAUCAAAUUAAACCUUAUUGUAUUGACUAUCCUAAUGAGGUUUUUAGUUAUAAAUCCAACAAAGUUUAAGUUUCAUGUUA